AAAGCGAGUCUGGCAUCUGUAGUUUGUGCUUGUAACUACAAGCUAGCUGACCACCGAUGUCCGUCCUCCUAAAGCUUCCCGGGCUCACCGUGGAUGACGAAACUAGCGGCUCGGACUAAAUCAACGUGACUUUCCUAUUCCAGGCCCCCAAAAUGCCUCGCAUUGAGAAUGACAUCAAGCUGGACUUCAAGGAUGUGCUCCUCCGUCCAAAGCGAAGCACCCUCAAGUCAAGGAGCGAGGUGGACCUAAUGAGGAGCUACACUUUCAGGAACUCCAAGGGCACGUACAAAGGGAUCCCCAUCAUCGCUGCCAACAUGGACACCGUGGGGACCUUUGAGAUGGCGCUGGCUUUGCACAAAUUCACUCUCUUCACCACGGUUCACAAACACUACUCCGUGGAUGACUGGGUGGAGUUUGCGAAAAAGAAUCCCGACUGCCUGAAGAAUGUAGCGGUCAGCACAGGGACCGGGGAAGGCGACUUUGACCGGAUUUCAGCCAUCGUGGCGGCGGUGCCACAGCUGCAGUACAUCUGCGUGGACGUGGCCAACGGCUACUCCGAGCACUUUGUCCACUUCGUCAAAGACGUGAGGGAGAAGUUCCGCUCGCACACUAUAAUGGCAGGAAACGUGGUGACAGGCGAGAUGGUGGAGGAGCUGAUUCUGGCUGGCGCCGACAUCAUCAAAGUAGGCAUCGGACCAGGCUCUGUGUGCACCACCCGCAAGAAGACGGGGGUGGGGUACCCGCAGCUCAGCGCCGUGAUCGAGUGUGCCGACGCGGCCCACGGCCUGGGGGGCCACAUCAUCUCCGACGGGGGGUGCACCUGCCCGGGAGACGUCUCCAAGGCCUUCGGCGCCGGCGCGGACUUCGUGAUGCUGGGCGGCAUGUUGGCCGGCCACUCGGAAAGCGGGGGGGAGGUCAUCGAGAAGGGCGGCAAGAAGUACAAGCUCUUCUACGGCAUGAGCUCCGACACGGCGAUGCAGAAGCACGCAGGGGGCGUGGCCGACUACAGAGCUUCGGAGGGGAAGACAGUGGAGGUCCCUUACAAAGGCCCGGUGGAGGGGACGAUACGAGACGUCCUGGGCGGGGUCCGCUCCUCCUGCACCUACGUCGGUGCGGGCAAACUGAAGGAGCUAAGCCGCAGGACCACCUUCAUCAGGGUCACCCAGCAGCUCAACACCGUCUUCGGCAACGACGGCUGAAAGUCCUUCGGAUGCAGCGACGUGUCGACAACACGGCCCGUCUGACCGCGGGACGCCGCACACGGAGGAGGGAACAGACGUGCAUAUUAAUGCUUUAAGCUACUUUGCAUAUUAAUAUUAAUGCUUUAAGCUACUUUUACUAUUUACAGUUAUGGUCUGAUGCAAUUUCAUUUGAUGGGUUUUGACUUCCCAGACAUAUGUUUUGGAACUUGAGACUUUUUUUUCUUUUUCAAGGAGUGUUUCUGGAUAGCAAAGAGCUAAACUAGUUUGUCUCUUUGCAUGUUGUUCUUUUCCACUUGUAUGCACAUCUGCCGCUUCCUAUCAACAGUAACCACGACAGGGCUUUAUGCCCCCCGCUGAGAUUCUGCUGUAAGCCAGCGCCAAACGCACAUAUACAAAAAACACUAAUGUCUUAAAUAUAAAAUGAAUCUAUUUAGAAAUUCAACAAUUCCAUCGCUUUUUACAUUCUUGCACUUGAAUGUCUAAUAUUUAGUUUAUUUUAUCAUUUCAUACAUAUGUUAUGGAACUACAAAGUAGGCAAAUUAUAUUUUGAGAUUUAUAUAUACGGACCAGGAUGUACCGAGUGCAGCACUAGAGAACACAGCAAGAAAUAUCCUCUUCUCUGGUUCCAGCUGCUCCAGUUCAGGACCAAAGUUUGUGUGGGCUUAAUGUCAACAAUGUGUGCAUUUAAAUUAAUUUAUGAUUCUUCAUAUUCCUUUAAA